CGUUAUUUCUCCACGCAUGCGCACUCCGCCCUUUUCCUGCUUUUUUUAAUUUCUAUCAGUAGCAGGAUCCCGGAGCGCCUCAUUAGAAACUCUUUUUUCUCUCCGCUAAGCAACUCUGUUAAAGCAAGGGAGUUGGGGUGGUUAGAUUAAUUGACCGCAAAGCGAAAGCAAGAGGCUUCGCCCUGGUUCGGUAACCGUGUGCUUUUUUUUAAAAAAAGUUGUAAAGUUAGAGAAACGAAAGAAAGUUUUCUCGCUCACCCCUCCCCUCUCACAAGUCAGGUUGGUUCGAGUCUCGCCUCAGAUACCUGAGAACCGUAAGGUGUGGACUAGGGAGAAGAAAAAAACGUUACCUUUGCACAAUGCCAAGAGCUUUCCUCGUUAAAAAACAAUGGGUUUCUGCCGGGACAAGAAACUGGAGCGACCUACCCGAUGAACAACGAGGAGAGAUUUAUAUACCAGUGUCUUUGGGUUUCUCUCACUAUGCAAUUGAGACGGAGGCCAGUCCUGCCGAAGCUGCCCUGUGUCUCUCCACGCGGCCCCCCAGCGCCGCUCGGGAUUCUGGGUACCGAGCCGAGCUGCCUUCCUGCAACGCCAAGGGGGCGGGUCAAAGUUCAGAGGUCAAUGACGAACCGCCCACCAAGAAGGACAGCACCUACGUCCGGUCUAAAAUCAAGGUGACCACCGGAGAGCUGCCCAAGGACGCCUUUGCCUGUCAGGUGUGUGAGAAGAGCUUCCAGUUCCAGCGCAUGCUGAACCGACACAUGAAGUGUCACAACAACAUGAAGAGGCACCUGUGCACGUUCUGCGGGAAGGGCUUCAACGAUACCUUCGACCUGAAGAGGCACGUCCGCACGCACACAGGCGUGCGCCCCUACAAGUGCAGCCUGUGUGAGAAGGCCUUCACCCAGCGCUGCUCCCUGGAGUCCCACAUGAAGAAGAUCCACGCUGUCAUGCAGCUGUACGCUUACAAGGAGCGUCGCAACAAACUGUACGUGUGCGAGGAGUGCGGCUACACCGCGGACAGCCAGGAGUCACAGCUCACCCACCUCCGAGAGAGGCACCCCCAGUCCCACCUCCUCCAGCGCAAAAAUCCACGGAAACUCACAGCCGGGCUGUGCGAGGAGGGCCCGUGAGGGGUCACCACCAGGGCCCAGCUUCGAGCCUUUAAAGCUGUGCGUGUGUGCGUGUGUGUGUGUGUGUGUGUGUGUGUGUGUGUGUGUGUGUGUGUGACCCUGAGCAAGUCACUUCACCUCCUUGUGCUCCGUCCUUCGGAUGAGACGUCAAACAAACGAGCUCCUAUUGGAAGUGACUCUGCAGCAGCAGCAGCUGUUGAUGAAGCAUAGUUCACCCCCCCUAGUCUCUGUAAGUCGCUUUGGAUAAAAGCGUCUGCUAAAUGACUCAAUAAUGUUGUUGAUUACUUCCACUACGGUGGCUGUGAAGGCUCAUACACUACACGUUUUUUUUUGUUUUUUUUUCAAACAGGCGCUUAUUAUCUUAUUGGUCAAAAUUGGUAACUCCACUCCUGGUCUUUGCUCCAACCCUGUUCUAAAUGGUUACAUUCAAUGAAACCUCCAUCCAGACCCUGAAGUAGUUCAUUGUCUCAUUUUACCAGCAAAACCUGGAGUGGAGUUAUGGACCUCCAGGACCGGGAUUGACAGGACACCCCCUGCUUGAAAACUAGUGCGGUUUUCCAAUCCCAUGAAAACAGCAAAAUGAAAGUUAGGCAGAGUUGGGAGGAUCUGUUUCUCCAGUGAUCCAAGCUACCCUGCCAGGAAUUCACUGAAAUCCAGAAUCACAGUAAUCAGAUUGAGUUUGGUUUUAACGCGUGCUUGUAGAUUUUGUAAAUAAGAUUCAAAGUUGUAUUCGUUGUUGAGGGGGGGGGGGGGGCGUUGUACGUUUACCAAAGGGGACGUUCUUUCUUCGUUUGUUGGUUUUAUAUGAAAUGAAUCACGGAGCUCUUUGUAAAAUGACCUACCUUUGUUUUUAAAAGCUGUAAGCUCUGAGGGCGAAGGGGCAGAAAUUCUUUAGAAACUUUUUUUAUUAGGGGGCAAUGAAUGAAAAAACAACUCUUUAUUUUAUAUAUAUAUAUAUAUAAACCAAGUUUACACUGUACGGUUUUGUCUUACACACACGGCUAAAGUCUCACAAGACAAAUCCUACCGGUGUGUGAAGAGACAGGAACGUUUUGUGAAUCACUGGCUUGAAGGCAGCCACAGUGUCCACAGGAAACGCUUCCCUUGUACGUUUGUGUAUGCUGCGAUGGUGAAAGUGCGGUCUGCAUGUGUCGCGAUACACUGUGGAUGAAAUGAGCUGCUCGGAGGUGAUUAUAGAAAAGGGGUUUACAUUUUUACUGGUCUGGUUUUUUUUUUCUCUCAGGAUCAGAUAUCUGUUUACAAGCAAAGGAGUCGAUUCUCUGAGGUGUGGGAGGGAAUUGUCUAAUGGAAUAUCUAUUUAUAUAUUUGUAUAUGUAUAUUAUUAUUUUUCUUCUAAUAAACUCAAAUUUGGUUUAUAAAAUC